CUGCGAAGUUCUAUUGAUAGUGCGAAGGAUGUCAUUGUGGGGUACUACAGAGGUGACUUCGAAGUUUCGAUUCAACUCGAAGACUUCCACUUUCACACGCUUCCAUCAGCUUGUCCUUAGGAGUGCUAGGAGCCUACCGGACGCCGUCGACACUCCUGCGGCGAUCUGUGAGUUCAUAAGGAAAUGGUUGUCGCCAGUUGAUCUGGACCUUCAUGUCGCAAAGACGGCUUCUCCGGGGCCAAUGUAGCUCGGCGUCCUCGUCAGCGGCUGCCUCGAU